GCAGACUGCAACGGCCGGUCGACGACGCACGCCGUCCUCCUCCUCCUCCUCUUUAUACCUCCACGCACACCGUCCUCCUCCGCCUCCACGCGCAGACCGGAACGCUGCUCCUCCCUUCUGCCUCCAAGCACACCGCCCACUUCGAAGCUUUCCUCCCUUGCCAUGGCCGAUCAGGGCGACGGAGGGGCUCCGGCUCCGGCGGCGCCGGCGCCGGCCGUUGUGCUGGGAGCACAGCCGGAAGAACCUGCCGGGGAUGCAGGCGUGGAGGAGCCGCUGGAAGUGCUGGAUGCUCCCGUGCUGGAUGCUCCGGUGCCAGUGGUUGGUGAAGGCGGGGAGGACCCGCAGGAAGAAGAGGCCUUGGAUGGAGGUGACAAUCAGGCGCCGGCUCUGGAUGAAGGAGUGGUGGACCUGCUGACGGAGCUCGUGGAACUGGAUGAACCCGAGCCGGAGGAUGUGGACGAGUCAGCUGUUCGCAACCUGAUGGACGAACUGGCGCAAGGGGAGCCCAAGAAACGGAAAAUCGACUACACGCUGGUCACACAAGGACCGACGACUGCUGGCGGAUCCGGUGCCGGUGUUGCAACCCUCCCCAAGGCAGGCCCUUCUAUGUCGAUCUACACGAUGCCUUCCAUGGUGCCGCCGGCCGGAGCAGCUCCUCCCGUGAUCAUCCCGGGCCUGCCUUUCGUGGGAGUGCCACCUGUGGGAGCUGGCGGGAGGCCACGAUUACCAGUGCUGGCUACCGGCCCUGGUACCGGGGCGUUACAGCCGUGUCCCUCCUGCCACACAGCAAUCAGGCAGCCAAACCAGGCUCGCUUGGGCAUGCCCCCACCCAAUCGUCCAAACCCGCACUUCUGCUUGUGCCUGCGGUGCCAGGAAUGGCUGGAACGGAGGAUUCAUUACUGCGAGAUAUGCCGUGAUUUCUAUGCGAUGAACCCAGGUUUGAGGAGAUGAAGGACAUGGCCCCUGGACAAACUUGGUAGCCUUUUACCUACUUUAUUUAUAUCACCUUAUUUUGCUUCGUGGAAAUAUGAUCACGGGUUCUGAAUCUUGUGAUGGUCUAUUCUAAAUGGCCUGUUGGUUGAAUUGUGACGUUGGAUUAUAUUCAGAGAUGUAUCGUGUGUGACUUAAACAACUAUUGCACAAGUUUGAAGAAUUUAAA